AUGCCUGAACGUGUUAUUCCUUAUACCCCAAAGGGGACUCCCAAAGUCGAGACAGUUGUCUAUAACAAAGCUAACUUCAAGACAGUCACUUGGAAAGUCCCAGAGGGGGUUACUUAUAAGGGGAAGAUCAUUUAUGUCCAUGGGUUCUCGGAAGAGAGUGGACUUUAUACUGAAUUUUUCGAUAAACUAAGUCAACAAGGUUACGAAAUCUUCUUUUUCGAUCAAAGAGGAGCUGGAGAAACCGGUAAAGGUGGUGAUGUAGGAGUUACAGAUGAAUUCCAUACAUUUGAUGAUUUGGAUUUCUUCAUUGAAAGAGAAGCAGGUAAAAGAACCGACCCCGAAGAGAAGUUCACUCUUAUGGGUCAUUCUAUGGGUGGAGGGAUUAUUUUGAAUUACCCUAUGAAGGGUAAACAUAAGCAAUUGAUUAAGAGUGUGGUUGCCAGUGGACCAUUAGUUAAAUUGCACCCUGAUACUGAACCAAAUAUCAUUAUUAUGAAAUUACAAUCGGUUAUCAAUGCCUUAGUUCCCAGAUUGAAGAUUGAUUCCAAGCUUAAUUAUGAUCACAUUACGUCUAAUGAAGGCUGGAAGGAAUAUGUUCGUAAUCUGGGUAAAUUGAUUGGUACUAUAAGACAAUUCCACAAUAUGUUUGCCCGUGGAGCUCGUUUAUUGGAACCAAGUUAUGUUGCUACUUGGGAUCCUCUGAUUAGUUUAUUGGUUUUACAUGGAGAUGAUGAUCAUAUUAAUUGGGAUCGAUCAUCUCAAGAGUUUUUCAAAUUGUUGCCCAAAACUGUUGAUGCCAAAUACGAAUCUAUUCCUGGAGCAAAGCAUGCGAUUUUCAUUGAACUGGAAGAGAUCUUUAACUCUGUUUUCUCCAAGGUAGUCACAUUUCUUGACUCUCACUAA